UUUUCUGCUGGAUCUUUAUUUCAAGGUGAACUUGAGUUGCCAUUUCUAGCACUUCUCUUGGUCAUUCUUUCCCCUUAUGAGGUCAUAAGAUUUAGGGACACAAAAGGAGUGGCUAUCAUUUCAUUAUUGAUUGCAGUGUAUUUGGCUUACCAGCAUUUCUCAAGAACAAGUUUACAGAAAUCACUUGAUCAAGGUUCAAUUGUUGCCACCAUAGCUGUUGUUUGUAUCACUAUUGCAUCUUUGUUGCUUCUGAUCUGAGUUGCUUUAGAA